CCUUGCCCAGUCAACGGUUGUUGUUUCUCCGCUGUUUUUGGGGUCUAUCGUAAUCGUAUCCACGCCAGCUGAGCGUCAUUGUGUUUGUGUGAGCGAGAGGGGUCGAUUAUUGCAAGUCAAAAAACCACGAUAGUGUGUGAGAAGAACCACAGCGAACAGAGCGAACCAUGUCGUGGCUAGUGAUUCUACUGAUCCUGUACGUGAUCUGGGAUGUGAACUACUUCAUCCGUUGCGUUUUCACCGUCUUCGCCGGCCGGCUGUUCCAGCGCAAGCGCAAGGUGACGGAGAGUACCUCCAUCUACGGAUUGUGCACCUCCCAGGAUGUGGACAUAUUCAUCCGGCACAUGAAUAAUGCUCGCUACCUGCGCGAGCUCGACUUUGCCCGCUUCCAUUUCUACGCUCUCACCGGUCUGUAUGAGCGCAUCCGGGAGCGGCGCGGCGGUGCCGUGCAGGGUGCCAGCAGCGUGCGGUACCGCCGCACCAUACCCAUCUUCCAUCCGUACAAGAUCCAGACGAAGCUCGUCUGGUGGGACGACAAGGCCAUCUAUCUGGAGCAGCAGUUCGUGACGCUGACCGACGGUUUUGUGCGGGCUGUCGCCCUCUCCAAGCAGUGCAUUACCAACUGCGACGUCCAGGAGCUGCUCAAGACCUACCCGGAGGCGGCCAAGCGACCGGAGAUGCCCGCCGAUCUCAAGCUCUGGCUGGACGCCAUCGAGCUAUCCAGCCAGAAGCUGCGCAAAGACAAGUGAGCCAGAUAGCAGCACUCGGCUCGGAGCCCCGGGAUGCCGAUGAUGGCGGCCCCAUUUACAUAAUGACCUCCGCACCUCGGCGCAUCUCCAGCUCCGCUCAUUAAGUGUCUUCUACCUCUGCCGCUUUCUGCUGCUUCUGUCACUAUUUUUUUCUCUUAGUUUUAAUAAAGAAAUUUUUGUAGAGAUUUUUGUAUGGAAAGGUAAA